AUGGACCACCUCCGAGGCUCCUCACCGACAAAGACCUCGCCUCCCGGCAAUGAGUCACCCGAGCAGCUGUUGGACGUCUUCAGAGCCGCCGCCCUCUCGGUCACAAAGCUCUACAAGACAUCGGCCGCCGCCCAGAACAAGGCCCGCACAGACGGCUACCAGGACUGCCUGGAGGACCUACUGGUCUUCCUCGAUAAGCACGACAUUGGCCUGAGCGAUGGAGAGGGCUGGCGGAUCCGCCGCUGGGCCACCGAGCGGUUCGACCGCGAGGGCGUGACCCAGUCCAUCGAGAGCGAGGACGAGGCCGACAAGAACGAGACAGUCUCGUCGCCAGAGAUCCACCGAUCCGACGGCACGCCACUCUCGACCGUCACCCAGCCCGAGCCCGAGAUGAGGACAGAUUCGGCCCCGCCGGCGCCUGUGCCUGAGCCCGCACCCAUCCAGUCAGCAGCCGAGGCCGCCUCGACGGCGCCGCCUCAGCCCAUCGUGGUUCCGACCCAGGACAACUUCACAUUCCAGUCGUCCAUGGCUUAUCCGCAAGAUACCGAUCUUAGUAUGGCCAACCUCGACCUUUCGGAUUCGCGCACAAACCAAAAUCUACCUCAUCGCCACACUUCUCACUCGUUUCGCCCGCGGGGCACAAAAAGCGUACCCCGGGCCCGAGCUUCCCACCUUGGUCGAGGUGCUGGGCAGAAGCGUAAGAUAAAUAUUGCCGAGAUCUUCGACCUGGGAAGCAUAGGAGGCAAGGACAUAUUCGGAGGUGGCAACGGAGGAGGGAAACGGUCUCGGCACACAUGA